AUGGCGCUUCUCCUAGCCCUUUCCUCCGUCCUGCUUCUGGUCGGUCCCGCUCUGGCCCAGAGCCCGGACAUGUCCUACGAAGACUAUAUGGCCCAGUUACAGGCCUGUCCCAAAGAGUGCCGCUGUCCGCCCAGCUUCCCCAACGCCGUCUACUGCGACAACAAGGCUCUGAAGCGCAUCCCCACCAUCCCCCCACACACCUGGUAUCUGUACCUGCAGAACAACCUCAUCGACGUAAUGUCAACAGAUGCUUUCCGCAACGCCACGCAGCUGCGCUGGAUCAACCUCAACCGCAACCGCAUCACCAGCGAGGGCAUGGAGGAGGGUGCCCUGGCCGCCAUGCUCCGCCUGGUCCACCUCUACAUGGAUGACAACCUGCUGAGCUCCGUCCCGGCCAACCUGCCCUCCAGCCUGGAGCAGCUGCGCCUCUCCCGCAACCGCAUCUCCAAGAUCCCCGCCGGGGUGUUCUCAGGUCUGGAUCGGCUGACACUGCUGGAACUGCAGGGGAACAAGCUCCAGGAUGACGCAGUGACCGAGGUGAGCCUCAAGGGCCUGAGCAACCUGGUCCAGAUCAACCUGGCCAAGAACCAGCUUACCACCAUGCCCCUGGGCCUCCCCAUCACCAUCACCCAGCUCUUCCUGGACAACAACGCCAUUGAGAAGAUCCCCGCUGACUACUUCAAGGGUCUACCCAAGGUGGCCUUCCUCAGGCUCAACCGCAACAAGCUGGGAAACGGCGGACUGCCCAAGAACGUGUUCAACAUGUCCAGCAUCCUGGACCUGCAGUUGUCCCAUAACCAGCUAACUCAGGUUCCUAUGAUCCCCUCAGGCCUGGAACACCUCCACCUGGACCACAACCAGAUUAAGAGUGUGAAUGGAUCUGAUAUCUGCCCUGUGUCGGCUGAUGCUCUGGAGGGCUAUGUCACUGAGACUGCUCCUAAACUCCGCUACCUCCGUCUCGAUGGCAAUGAGAUCAAGCCACCAAUACCCAGAGACCUUAUGGUGUGCUUCCGUCUCCUCAGGUCCAUCGUCAUAUAA